AUGGCGAUAGAUCUACCAGCCCCAGCAUUCCGAUGGCUGCUCGAGAACGCAGCCAGCAACGAAGAAUUGGCAAGUAUUUCCAAUGUUUGUAGAAGCUGGAGAGAAAAGAUAUCAGAUGAAAUAUGGAAGCAAGUUGAGAACUCAGCAGAAGAAGACAUUGGGAAACGUGAAAGUGCGCAACAUAUUCUACUUUUACCUUCUAUCCUUCGAUGUAUCAUCCGCGAUGACUUGGUAGACAAGGGAAGUUCGGAAACCUUUUGCCUAUCUUGGUUUCAUCCCUAUGGUAUUCAAACAAGACGGAUUCCACUGAAUCCAGCAUAUGAUACAGAAGACGAAGAUGACAAAAUGGAUUACCGAGGCCAUAGAAGAAUAGGUUCUCCGAAUCAUUUUGCCCCCAGUGGCCAGACAUCGUAUGUCGGAAGCGAGGAGGAAGGAAAACCAGGAGAUCGAAAAGGAAAUUCAAGGAUGAUUGCCUCUGUAGGAUCUCGGCAUAAUCGCAGGCCCAAGUGCGAAUAUGUGCACUGUAUGUAUCAGUGGGACUCGCACAAGGAAGCGACAGAAGUCCUACGGCCUUUUGGUUUCACAUCUUCUUUUGUCAAGCCGUUGAUCGAAAAAGCAUCGGACAAGUCAAGGAGUAGCAGUUCCAGAAAACGGAAGGAUAAAGAAAAGUCAAAGCAGAGCACACCCGCAGUCCGUGGAGCGACGAUUGCACGACCCGAAGGGUUUUGCCUGUGUUGGGAUGACAGCCAGGAGAAACUGGAAUCCCAGUUGCGUGAUGCCCAGAAUGGGGCAUCGGACAAGAAUCCAGCUGAGCUAAGACGACUAGUUCGAAGGAGGGCACGUCGUCGUCGGGAAGUGCAACGUGAAGUGUUGCCCAGGGUCGUUGACUGCACUCCGAGCGCUCUCGUUUACGAGCCCAGAUCCAUUCCAAGAGCAGUACAGUUUUUGAAUGUGGACUUUAGUCACGCAGUCAGGUUGUUUACCCCUCCAUUUUCAGGAGGCCCAAUACCAACACCAAUCACUUUCUUCUUAGUUGCCAUUGCAACUGAGGACGGGUGUUUUUUGUCUGGACUCGAGAAUCGUUUUGAAAUUGGACAUUUGUACCCACAAAAUGCAAAUGAAAGUCUUGUCGAGCGGAGCCCAAUAUGUAUAUGUACAGAGUUUGGCGUCGAAAAUAAAGUGCCGAAAGCCACGAAAAGUACUGACGAAGGAAGCCAAUUCAAGAAGGUUGAACCAUACAAUUCGGAUGACAGUAGUUUUGAUGUAAGCAUGGAUGGGAGUAAUUUUGAUCCUCCGUCAAAGUGUGCUUGUUCUUUUUCUGGGUUGGGUAAUGCAGUUGAGGACGAGGAAGACGAAGAUGUUGGACAGAUAUGCCGAGGAAGACGAGGUCCAGGUACCUGGCACUGCUACACCAUCGUAGUUGACGGUACAUCAAGUGUGAUUCGAAUAGAUGGUAUCCGAGAACCGCUAGAAUGCAGCAACGGCAUUCCUGCUAAAGCCGUUGCUUAUCUUGAUGGUCUCACGAUUGGAGCCGACCACACCUUUGAUAUGAGCUUAUGUUUCGGACAAGGCUCUGAUGGUGAAGGUGAAGGUGCUAUUGCAGAGCUUGCUGUUUUCAAAGGAAAGUUAAACGUGGCAGACAUCAUGGCAAUGGAAAAAGAUAUGAUGCACCGCCAUGGAAUCGACCUGCCGGAGCUCGAAAGCAAUGUAAUCCUUGCAGAGGAUGUUUUCUUUAAAAGAGCGCAUGCGAUGCUAUCUCACCCUCCCCAACACAAGAUUUUUGCUGAUGGUGCAAUGAGUGUUCCUUUGCGUUAUAUGACGAAACAUCGCAGUGUUGCCUGGAAGCAAGCAAAUCCUGUAACAGGCGACAAAAUUCUUGUAUCACGAAUCGGCACGAAAUCUACAGAAAGCUCAAGUGACUGGUAA